GUCGUCCACUUUGCUUUUAUUCGUGCAGCGGUACCUUUCACUCAAACACUUCCUGUAACGCUGAAGGUCUCAAGCAGCAGUCAUGUCGAAUCCAGCUCGCGUGCUGUACCUGCUGGUGGACGGCAUUGGUGAUGUCUCCAUCCCCGCCUUUGGGGACCGCACGCCGCUUGAGGUGGCGCACACACCUCACCUAGAUGCCCUAGCCGCCGGCGGCCUGAACGGACUGCUUGACCCAGUGGAGCCGGGGCUGGCGUGCGGCAGCGACACGGCCCACAUGUCCAUCUUCGGAUACGACCCCCGCAUCCACUACCGCGGCCGCGGCGCAUUCGAGAGCAUGGGCGCGGGCAUUGCCAUGGCUCCCGGUGACAUCGCAUUCAAAUGCAACUUCGCCACCCUGGACACAGCCAGCGGCAUAGUGACGUCGCGGCGGGCGGACCGGCACUUUGAGCACUUGGGGCCCACCCUGUGCGCGGCGCUGGACGGUCUGGCCGUGCCCGGCUACCCCGGCUACCGCGUCACUGUGCGCUACGCCACUGAGCACCGCUGCGGCGUGGCGGUGAGCGGCCCCGGGCUGAGCGACGCGGUGGGCGACACGGACCCGCUCAAGGACAACCUGCCGCUGAGGAAGUCGGAGCCCACAGAUGACUCGCCAGAGGCGGCCUUCACGGCAGGCCUGGUGAACGCGCUUUCAGACGCGAUUUGCGGGGUGCUGGAGACGCACCCCAUCAACGACCAGCGUCGGGCGUCGGGCGAGGCGGUGGCCAAUGUGGUGCUGCUGCGCGGCUGCGGCUCGCGCAUCCGGGUGCCGUGCUUCCGCGACAAGCACCACAUGCGCGGCUGCCUGGUGGCGCCCACCAAGAUCAUUGCAGGCCUGGGCCUGUCAUUCGACAUCGACUCGCUGGAGGCGCCCGGCGCCACCGGCAGCUACAACAGCAACCUGUCUUCCAAGGCCACCACCAUCUGCGCCGCGCUGACCGGCGCCGUCUCCUCGCCCGAACAGCAGCUGCAGGCCAUGGAGCUGAGCAAGGAGAAGGAGGAGAAGGAGGAGGAGCCGCAGCCGCCCGUGCUGACGGCGGAGCAGUGCGCCAACCCGGGGCCGGGCGGCGGCGGGUACCAGUUUGGGUUCGUGCACGUCAAGGCGGUGGACGACACGGGGCACGACCGGAUGGUGGGGUUCAAGGUGCGCUUCCUGGAGGCUGUGGACAAGAUGGUUGGGCAGAUGCUGCGGCGGCUGUGGGAGGCGGAGGCGGCGGGCCGGGGUCGCUACGUGGUAGUUGUGUCGGGCGACCACUCCACGCCGGUGCUAUUCGGCGACCACUCCAAUGAGCCGGUGCCGUUCGUCAUCUGCAACGUGCGGCAUGCCGUUGAGGCGCUGGGCGGGCCCGCCCACAUCACCAAGGUGCCGCUGGCGCCCAUCCACAUGCCCGACGUCAAGGGCACGCCGCCCAAACCCGAGGACCUGUGCAAGCAGGCCGUGUUCAAGGACGCCCGGCGCAAGGCCUCCUGGGCGGGGCGGCCCUGGGACCCCGCCAUGCCGCCCGAGCUGUUCGGCCCCUGGCGCGACCCCUGGCCUACCUGCGUGCGCGGCGACCCGGUGCGCUGCUACGACGAGGUGUCGGCGGCGCGCGGCGGGCUGGGCCGCUUCCCCGGCAGUCAGGUCCUAAUGCUGGUGAAGCAGUUUGCGGGAGUGACGCCACUGGGCGCGGCGGGGGCAGGGCAGAGCGCGGGGCCAUAAGCGACUGGGCAGCACUGGCACCUGCCGUGGGGGCUGUAGCGGCCUAGCGGGUGUCGAUUUGGUGUGGAGGUUGUUGCGUUACGCAGAUAUAGUGCGAUAGUAGGUGUAGUUUCAGAGGGUACGAGCUACCCCGCCGUGUCCGGCGCCGGGUUAUGAAGGCACAAGUGCAGAGCGGCGAUGACAAAUCAGGGGUACUGAGGUGGUGUUGGCGGCUGGACUGGGUUUGGUGGAGGAAGGUGCAA